AAGUAGAGCGCGGUGACCUCACAAUACACACACAGAGCGCCGCAGCUUAUAGCUGAGCUAGCUGCUCUGCCUCACCAGUCACCAGUCACCGCCGGCUUGGCCGCGCCCGCGCGGGGGGGCGGUUCGUUUUCCCUUCCUUGCUUGACACAGAGCUCCCUCCAAUCUCCAUAAGCAGCAGCAGCAGCCAGCCAGCAAGAAACAUGAUGCUCGCGUACAUGGACCGUGCGACGGCGGCCGCCGAGCCGGAGGACGCCGGGGAGCUCUCGCCCGCCACGAUGGCGGCCGCCGCCGCCUCGGCCGGUGACGCGGCGGGCCGGCGCGUGGCGGCGAUGGACUUCGGCGGGCUGGUCCGCGCCGUGCCCGCGGCCGUGGUCCGGCCCGCGAGCGCGGACGACGUGGCCAGCGCCAUCCGCGCGGCGGCGCUGACGCCGCACCUCACCGUGGCCGCACGCGGGAACGGGCACUCGGUGGCCGGCCAGGCCAUGGCCGAGGGCGGGCUGGUCCUCGACAUGCGCUCGCUCGCCGCGGCGCCGUCGUCGUCCCGGCGCGGCGUGGCGCAGAUGCAGCUGGUCCAGUGCCCCGAAGGCGGCGGCGGCGGCUGCUGCUUCUUCGCCGACGUCCCCGGCGGCGCGCUCUGGGAGGAGGUGCUCCACUGGGGCGUCGACAACCACGGGCUCGCCCCGGCGUCGUGGACGGACUACCUCCGCCUCACGGUCGGCGGCACGCUCUCCAACGGCGGCGUCAGCGGGCAGUCCUUCCGCUACGGACCCCAGGUGUCCAACGUGGCCGAGCUCGAGGUGGUCACCGGCGACGGCGAGUACCGCGUCUGCUCGCGCUCCUCCCACCCGGACCUCUUCUUCGCCGUGCUCGGCGGGCUCGGACAGUUCGGCGUCAUCACGCGCGCACGCAUCCCGCUCCACAAGGCGCCCAAGGCGGUGCGGUGGACGCGCGUGGUGUACGCGAGCUUCGCGGACUACACGGCGGACGCGGAGUGGCUAGUGACGCGGGACCCCGAUGCGGCGUUCGACUACGUGGAGGGCUUCGCGUUCGUCAACAGCGACGACCCCGUCAACGGGUGGCCGUCCGUGCCCAUCCCCGGCGGCGCCCGCUUCGACGCGUCCCUCCUCCCCGCCGGCGCCGGCCCCGUCCUCUACUGCCUGGAGGUGGCCCUGUACCAGUACGACGCGCACCAUCGGCCCGACGACGACGACGACGAGGACCAGGGGGUGGCGAGCGUGAGCCGUCGGAUGAUGGCGCGGCUCAAGUACGUGCGUGGCCUGGAGUUCGCGGCGGACGUCGGGUACGUGGACUUCCUGUCCCGGGUGAACCGCGUGGAGGAGGAGGCCCGGCGAAACGGCAGCUGGGACGCGCCGCACCCGUGGCUCAACCUCUUCGUCUCCGCGCGCGACGUCGCCGACUUCGACCGCGCCGUCAUCAAGGGCAUGCUCGCCGACGGCAUCGACGGGCCCAUGCUCGUCUACCCCAUGCUCAAGAGCAAGUGGGACCCCAACACGUCGGUGGCGCUGCCGGAGGGCGAGAUCUUCUACCUGGUGGCGCUGCUGCGGUUCUGCCGACCCGGCGGCCCGGCGGUGGACGAGCUGGUGGCGCAGAACGGCGCGAUCCUCAGCGCGUGCCGCGCCAACGGCUACGACUACAAGGCCUACUUCCCGAGCUACCGCGGCGGGGAGGCGGAGUGGUCGCGCCACUUCGGCGCCGCCAGGUGGAGGCGCUUCGUGGACCGCAAGGCCCGCUACGACCCGCUGGCGAUCCUCGCGCCGGGCCAGAAGAUCUUCCCCCGGGCCCCGGCCGGCCGCCCGUCGCCGUGUAGUCUAGUCUAGUCUCUAGUUAGUGUAGCAUGCAUGCAAGCGGCGGGACCGGCCGCGUGCGUGCCCGGGACGACGGACGGGAGGACCAGCCAGCCACCACCAGGCACCAGCCAGCAGGAGGGAGAAGCUGCCUGCUGGUAUGGUAUGGUAUGGUAUGGUAUGGUAGAUGAUCGCGCUGCUAGCUGUUGCCGGUAAUGAUGGUGAUUACGCUGCUGAUCCUGGUGAUGAUGGACGAUCGAGGAGGUAGUAGCCGAUGGUGGUGACUGGUGAGCAGGGGCAAUGAUGGCGAUAGGGCCACCGUUAGGUGCAGAAAUUAUAAGGGAAUUGGUGUGUGUGUGUGUGUGUGUGUGUGGAGAUCUGCAUGAAUUUUUCCUCCCUGAUGAAAAACGAACGAAAGAUGUGUAGCCUUUUUUUU